UAGCCAGUCUGAUAUUUUAAUAAUACUGUUCGAAUCUUAAACACACAGAAAUAUUUUAAUAAUCCUGGGAAAGAAAAUUCCUCUUGACCCACACAUGUCUAAUCUAGAAGUAAUAGAAAAAGCAGUUGGUGCACUUUACAAAAUUUUAGCUGACGGCGGAGGCGGAGAAGACGGCAAUCCAACCGACGCCGUUUUAUUCUUCGGCGUAAGUUUAGUGCUCGGAAUUGCCUGCAGGCACGUCUUGCAUGGUACCAGAGUUCCUUACACCGUUGCUCUUCUCGUUAUCGGCAUUGCUCUCGGUUCCUUAGAAUAUGGCACAAAUCUUCAACUCGGAAAAUUUGGUGAUAGCAUUCGUAUUUGGGCGCGUAUCAAUCCUGACCUUCUGUUGGCUGUUUUCCUCCCUGUCCUUCUUUUCGAGAGUUCAUUUUCGAUGGAAAUGCACCAAAUCAAGAAAUGUAUUGCGCAAAUGCUUUUACUUGCUGGUCCAGGAGUUCUGAUCCAAACAUUCUUUCUCGGAUCCAUUCUGAAGUUCAUUUUUCCAUAUUACUGGAACUGGAAUACGUCAUUGUUGCUUGGUGGACUUUUGAGUGCCACUGAUCCUGUGGCUGUUGUUGCUCUGUUAAAAGAGCUUGGUGCAAGCAAAAAAUUGAGUACAAUAAUAGAAGGGGAAUCCUUGAUGAAUGAUGGGAUAUCAAUUGUGAUUUAUCAGUUAUUCUUUAGAAUGAUCCUUGGGGAGAGCUUUAAUGGAGGGAUGAUAGUCAAAUUUCUGACACAAGCCUCACUUGGAGCUGUAGGAAUUGGUGUUGCUUUUGGAAUUGUUUCUGUUCUAUGGCAUGGGUUUAUCUUUAAUGACACAAUGAUAGAGAUUGCACUGACACUUGCUGUGAGCUAUAUUGUGUAUUUCAGUGCUCAGGAGGGUGCCAAUGUUUCUGGAGUUUUGGCAGUAAUGACUUUAGGAAUGUUUUAUUCUGCAGCUGCCAGGACUGCUUUCAAGGGUGAUGGGCAGCAGAGCUUGCACCAUUUUUGGGAAAUGGUCGCUUAUAUUGCAAACACGCUGAUCUUCAUAUUGAGUGGUGUUGUCAUAGCUGAAGGUGUUCUCAACAAUGCUGAUAUCUUUCAUAAUUAUGGAAAUUCUUGGAGCUACCUAUUUCUUCUCUAUGUUUGUGUGCAAGUAUCUCGUUUUAUAGCUAUUGGAGUAAUGUUUCCAUUUCUACGAUAUUUUGGCUAUGGUUUGGAUUGGAAGGAAGCUACUGUUCUCAUAUGGUCCGGAUUGCGAGGGGCUGUUGCCUUGUCACUUGCACUAUCUGUUAAGCGCACUAGUGACAGCUCAACGUACAUCAGUUCUGAUACAGGUACUUUGUUUGUUUUCUUCACCGGCGGAAUCGUAUUCCUGACACUAAUUGUGAAUGGAUCAACUACACAGUUUAUUUUGCAUCUUCUUGAAAUGGAAAAGGUAUCAGCAGCCAAGAAACGCAUAUUGGACUACACAAAAUAUGAAAUGUUGAACAAAGCAUUAGCAGCUUUUGGUGAAGCAGGAGACGAUGAGGAACUUGGACCUGCUGACUGGCAUACUGUCAAAAGAUAUAUUUCAAGCUUAAAUAAUUUGGAAGGAAAAUGUGAGCGCCCUGCUGAACCUGAAGAAGAUCUCGACCCAACAAAUUUAAAGGAUAUACGGAUACGACUUCUAAAUGGAGUUCAAUAUGCUUAUUGGGGAAUGCUUGAUGAGGGAAGGAUAACCCAGAUGACUGCAAAUGCAUUGAUGCAAUCAGUAGAUGAAGCAAUUAAUAUGACUUCCCAUGAGACUUUAUGUGAUUGGAAGGGAUUAAAGGAUAACGUUAAUUUCCCGAGUUAUUACAGGUUCCUUCAAGCAAGCAUUGUCCCACAGAAACUCGUUACUUACUUUCUCGUAGGGAGACUGGAAUCUGCAUGUUACAUUUGUGCUGCAUUUUUACGUGCACACAGAAUUGCACGACGGCAAUUACAUGACUUUAUAGGUGAAACUAAAGUUGCUUCCUUAGUCAUUAGUGAAAGUGAGGCAGAAGGAGAAGAAGCAAAACAAUUCCUAGAAGAUGUCCGUUCUACAUUUCCCGAGGUUUUGCUCAUUGUGAAAACCAGACAAGUAACUUAUUCAGUUCUGAAUCAUUUAAGUGAUUAUCUCCAAAAUCUUGAAAUGGUUGGGCUGUUAGAAGUAAAGGAGAUGCUUCACCUUCGCGACUCUGUCCAAACUGACUUGAAAAGGCUUCUAAGAAAUCCUCCCAUAGUAAAGAUUCCCAAUUUAACUGAUUUAAUUAACAUGCAUCCUUUGUUGGGGGCACUUCCAUCUACAGUACGUGAACCGCUUGAAGGUUCUAGCAAAAGAACUAUGAAAUCACGUGGUGUGCCACUAUAUAAAGAGGGCUCCAAGCCAAAUGGCGUUUGGCUUAUUUCUAAUGGUGUUGUCAAGUGGAGAAGUAACAGCAUAAGGAACAAGCACUCUUUGCACCCAACUCUUACACAUGGAAGCACAUUGGGGAUAUAUGAAGUGCUUGUAGGGAAGCCUUACAUCUGUGACAUGAUAACAGACUCUCUGGUACUCUGCUCUUAUAUUGAAAGCGACAAAAUACUCUCAGCUCUAAAGUCAGACCCUGCAGUGGAAGACUUCCUGUGGCAGGAAAGUGCCAUCAUACUGGCCAAAAUUUUGCUUCCUCAAAUGUUUGAAAAUAUGUCUAUGCAAGAUAUAAGGGCUCUUGUUGCAGAAAGGUCAAUAAUGAACACAUACGGAAGAGGCGAAACAAUUGAAGUACCUCACCAUUCUGUUGGCUUUCUGUUAGAAGGAUUUGUAAAGGUCCAUGGCUUUCAAGAAGAAUUGAUUACAUCACCUGCAGCAUUGUUGACUCCACAUAGAAAUCAAAGCUUUACAGCACAAACUCAAAAUAUUCAGAAUGAAAAAAUAACAGGUUCCAGGACAGCCGGUUUCUCUCACAAUAAAACAUUAUAUCAAGUUGAGACGAGAGCAAGAGUGAUAAUUUUUGACAUUGCAGCAUUGGAAGUUGAUAUUGCUCUACAAAGAAAAUCUUCUUCUUUCAUAUCUCAUACAGGUGAACAUCCCCAUAGAUAUGGACGCAGAGAUCAUACUCUAAUGAGUUGGCCUGAAAAGUUCUACAAGAAAGAAUCACAUGAGCAGAAUCUUAAUAAUAGACAAACAAAAAGCUUGUCUGCAAGAGCAAUGGAGCUGAGCAUUUAUGGUAGUAUGGUUGAUGUGAAACAGCGAACCAACGCUUCUUCAGGCAAUCUAGUUGACCGGUCAAACAGCAUAUAAUUUUCAAGAACCGCUACAUCAUUUCGUGGUCUUCCUCUUCUUUCUGUUAAAUCAGAAGGAAUUGCUACUCUAAAAAGGAACCUACAGGUGCGAAACAUGACAUGGAAAAUUCCGGCAAUUCUAUAAAUUUAUAAGUCCACAGCAGAGUACUACCAAAUGAGGGUCAUCUUAGUGAUGGAUCUGGUGCUAAAGAUGAGCUUGUAGUCAGAAUCCGACUCAUCAAGCAAUCUUUCUUUCCAGCAUGCUUCUUAAAUCUGAAUUAUUGACUAUCCCAAUUGUAACUAUUUAUAUGAAUUUUGAUACUCCUAUUUUAGACAUCAAUGUGUAUAUGCUAUAUCGUUGCGUUUUGGCAAUGUUGCACUAUUUAUAAUCUAUAGCGUUUUAGGGGUUAAUCUAACUAUGCUUUACCUUGAGAUUUGAUUGUAUUUUUCAAUUUCUCAGAUAUAAUUGUGCUUACUCUUCAAUAUAUGAUUGCUAUUUAAUGGUUUUCUUUUUA